AUUGGAAAUUUGAAUCAAUUGGUUUUAGUAUCAUAUGUUCUUUUUACCAUACUUUACAGUGUCCAUAUAACUGAGGUUUUAAUUCAUUCGUACUCGGCCUAGAACUCCGAUGGCAGACAUCAUCACAGCUUAAUUAUACCAUGUCGAGUAAUUAUAGCUGACGAAUUGUCAUUGAUAUCUCACAUCCUUUGCGACCAUACAACUAAACCCAGAGCAACGACUUUCCAACGUCGCUUAAGAUUCCUCGACUUUACUCGGCGUACUUUGAGUUUUCUAUUCCUUUCUCAAUAAGUCGCCAAAGCGGCAUUUAAAGCAAGAUGGCGGAAACCUCGGGAGCAUCGUAUCGCAGAGAUAAAAAGGAGUUUAAGGAAUUAACGGAUGAGAAGGUGCGACAAAUAUACGUCUGGAGAACCGAGGUCGAGUAUUCGCAGACCCGCUGCAUUUGUUCAAAUCCUACCAUGAUUGAGCCUGAACCCGCAAAGAAAGCCAAAGGCGAAAGUAAAGGAAAAGGGAAAGGCAAAGCCGUAGCCCGCAGAGGCGGACAUCGAACCGAAGCAUCAAGCAGCACUGCCAUGGAGUCUGAUAUUCAGCCAGAACCGUCGCAAGAGCCGGCUGCCCCAAGAGAAAUUCCUCUUACGGUUGGGAUAUUCGUACGCGAGGGAGACCCAUGUCCUAUGUGCAAGACGCCCGUGAACGAAGGCGUGCUGUUUAGUAAGAUUGAGGGGAGCGGGGAAAGAGCGAUAGUUUGCACGAACGCGAGUUCUCGAUCGAUGACCAGCCUCAAUCGCAUAUCGGACGUUCUUUCAUUCCGGCAAUACAAGACUCCGCCCAGAACGUGGCUGAAGAGGAAAGCGAGAAAGCCUCUAGAACAAAUCAAGAGAGCUGUUACCCCCGAGGAUGAGAAGUUCAAGGGGAAGCAGGUCCUAAAACCACUGAUGGAUUUACUGAAGAGGAGGUCGUCGUUGGAAUCCGUGAGCUCGGGACCGGCGACGGUACGGCCGAGGGCAACGGAGAUGUACCACACGGUUCCGAGCGAGAAUGAUAAAUUAAGAGCAAGAGCUGGGUCAGUUGAGACCCUGCUUUCGAGCUUGAGUGAUGAUGAUGAUGAUGAGCGUGGAAGACCUAAGCUAACCAUUGGUGAGUCUGCAGCGCGGCUACGCAGAGCCCAAAGGUUACUAGACAAGCAAAAUAAGAGCGAGAGUAAAACUUAAGUCUUUUCACGUCGAUCCGGUGUACGGGCACCUCGAACACGAAUACUCGGUUCGACUACGAUUAGACGGGCGACUUUAUUGUAUUAUAACAAGAAACGCAUGUUAUUUUGUGGAGGUGAGAUAUUUUUCUCUCUCAACGAUGGUUACAUAUAGUUCAGGUGGCUUAAGGUCAUCCGGAUGUGGACGGAUAACGGGUGGUUUGAAUUGUUGUUAUCAGCAUAGUUUUAAUAGGGCAUAUGGAUACAGCGGCAUAAGGGUUUGGAGAUACCCAUAGGUGUUAGCGAGUUAGACAGUUAGACUCUUGCUUUCUUGAGGCGUUUUGUAGAUUAGAACGGUCAGAAGAUUACGUCGGUGGCUAGUACUUGCUUUAGAGUACUGUCUACUGGAUUCAAUGUACAGCGUAUGAGGGUGGGAAUUACUAAAACCCAACUCUCCUUGUGUCUGUUUCGUGGUUACCUAUCAUGUAAAUUUUGUAUUAUUAUGUUCGAUAGAGGGUUAUAACCCAAAGAUGCAACUGUAUUUAGGUAAUUUACCUACAAACGUUUCAAUAGGCAAGCGAACACUACCUAAGCAAGUAAUCGAAGACAUAGGUAUUUGAUAUAUGGGUACAGAGUAUACCUCGUAGUAUAUGAAGCAAAGUGAAUAAACAAAGCAUAUGCAUCGGUACAGGCCUCAGAUUUAAUGAUUUGAGAUCAUUUCCAUUUUGGAUAUCCCUCUUCCUAUCAUAUUUGAUUUUGGGGUAUCAUCA